AGGAGGAAGGGCUAGUGUAGUUAUAAUAAUAAGCCUUAUGCAUGGUGUUUCUCACUAUACACUUUUAAUGUAACUAAGUUUGCAGCUACACGAGGGAAUAAUCGCUGCUGAAGUGUUUUCGGUCACUGCCAUGGACGUGUCCGCCUACUAAAGUGGAGGAACUCCUCAAGUCCAGCACUUCGCCGAAAUGCAUGUUCUUCACUCUUGACUUCUGUGUAAUUCCCGACAUGAAUGAGUAUAGGCUGUGUGUUUUUGUGACUUGCGUCUCUGUGACAUCUUUUCCAGUACUGUGCUGAUGGCCUCUAAGCUGCUGGACAGACUUCGCCGCUCGAUAUUCAAAGAAGGAGAGCUCCAUGUGGACACAGACGACACUGAUGACUUUCCAGAAAGCUCCGAACUUGAGGAUGACACGGACAAUGUCUCGUCCAGGCUCAGUGGGACGCUCUGUUUUGACGGAGAUGGUGUCCUGGACUCAGAAGAUGCCGGCGAAACAUCUGGUCCAGACAGUGAUUUGGACUGCUUUGCAGAGUCCAUAGAUAACGCAUGCGGCAGCACAGAUAUAAGCCCCACAGGCCCGACUCUGAAGGGCUCCAGCAUGCUCACCCGUCAGCUACAGGAGAGCUGGCGAAAUCUGCGCUCUCGCUGUGUGUUGGAAAAACUUCUGUUCGAAGUAACUGAUGCCAGCGUAGUGCAUGAGGCAAACUCCAAAUAUGUGCUUUACACAAUUCAUCUAAUCCAGUCUGGCACGUUUGACAAAACCCCUGCAAUCAUUGCGCGUCGCUACACUGAUUUCGAGCGGCUGCACCAUCUCCUGCGCAGGCAACACAGAGAAGCCAUGGAAGGAGUGCACUUUCCACGCAAGAAGCUGCGCAGGAACUUUGCAGCUGAAACCAUUGGCAAGCGGAGCCGUGCAUUCGAGCAAUAUCUCUCACAUCUGCACUCGCUGGCUGAGGUGCGAGCUUCACCUGCCUUCCUAGAGUUCUUUUACCUGGGGGAACUGCGCAGUGGGCAGAUGCUGGUGCGUUCUGGUCGCUCCGAGGAAGCACUGGACACUCUGGUUAAUGCAUUGCACCUCCAGGAGAAACUGGACUCGCCGCACAAAACUCACAGGCUCUUCACACUCUCUGCAGUGGCAAGUUGCUACCAGGAGCUGGAGAGGCUGAGCGAGGCACAGGAGCACUGCGAGCAUGCCCUCAAUAAAUUGGUGCCCUCAAUGGACAUGCAAAAGAUACAGCAAAAGCAGCUCCAUCCACUGCUAGUGCCACUUCUGCAGGCCAACAUCUGGCUCUGCUGGAAGAUUUCCAAGGACAAGCGACGCUGGGAGGCAUUGCUGCAUGAGAUCCAGGAGCUCGGCAUUGAUCUUGAGAAUCAGCCUGAUUUGAGGGAGUGUGUAGUUAAAGAGACCCUCUUAGAAAGUGAGGGAUAAUUCAGGUUGGAACAAUGUAGGGCAUUUAACACUGAUGAUAUCAACAGUCAUAAUGCAAACUAAGGGAUUCAUUUAAGUUGCAGAGGAUAAUCAUAUCAUAGUAAAAAUCGCCACAUACAUACCACUAUUUUUUUUUUUUUUUUUUUUUUUUUACUAUUUUUCAUAUUUUGCACACUUGUAUGUCUAAAUAACGUAAAUAAUCACUACACUUAUAUGUGAGUUUAUGCAGUAAAUUUAAAAUCUAAAAAUGGUUCAUACGCGGCCUUAGUAGAAAUCUAUUUUUAUAAAGUAUGAAUAUUAUUUUUUUUUAUUGUACCCAAAUAUUAUUGGGUGCAGUAUAAAAUGGAUAACGUUAUAAGUUUAAUGAAUGCACAUUGUUUAAAUGCAUUAAGGGAAAUAAGUUAGCAGAGAAGUUUAAUAUUUUAAGUGUUUUUAGAGUUUGUUAUAAUUAGGGUACUACUUUACAGAAAUUAAACAUUAUAAAGAUUAGUUUUUUUUGCUGCACAUUUUGUUUAAUGCUACAAAUUUAUGUCUUUUGUGUAUUUAUAUUUAUUAUUUAGAUAGAAAUUAAUGUGUGGUAGUAUAAUCCUGCCCUAGACUCAUUGGCAAGUUUUCUCUUUAACAGUUGCAUUCCUUUAGUGAAACCUUGCAGCAGUUCCCAAAUCUAUAAUUACUUCAUGUUGUUAAAAGACUGCUGGCUGUAAUUUUUUUUUUCCUGUAAUAUUAUGUACUGUACAUGUUUUUAAACCAUUGUUUUAAUUAACUGCACAUAUGCAUUACACUAUCCUCACCACAAAGAAGGUUUUGGUUUAUUUAGAUCAAAUCCCUGUGGAUGUUUAUGUAGAAAGGGAAUGAAACGUGGUGAAAUUAACGCACUCCUUUUUCACCUACUUUUAGUUUACAUCAGACAUGUGAAUGAUUUCUUUUUCUGUUUUCAUUCUAAUAAAAUGCACUUAAUCUA